UUCUUGAGAACAAAGGUACCAUCUUUCAUACUUGCAGGCCAUUAGCAAAGCACCAAUGGCGAUGGUGCCUUUCUUCACAGAGAGCAGUUCUUUAGAUAAGUGGGAUCCAAACAGUUUGUGGGAUAUGAUGUUCGAGGAAAACCCCAACACCAGUUCCACUGUGGACCAUAACAAUCAUGAAGCAAUUGCAAAGGACGCCAUGGCCAUUGCUAACACUCACGUAGACUGGUUUGAGACCCUCCAUGCCCAUAUCGUCAAGGCAGAUCUUCCUGGGCUAUGCAAGAAUGAGAUUGAAGUUAUUAUAGAAGAUGAACGCAUAUUGCAGAUAAGUGGGAGGAAAAAAGUCGAAGAUGAUGAGUAUGAUCAAGAAGGAAGAAAAUGGCACAGGGCAGAGCGAAGAAGGGAAGGUGGCUUUCUGCGAAGAUUGAAAUUGCCGGCUGGUGUGAAGGCAGAUGAAGUGAGAGCAAAUAUGGAGAAUGGCGUGCUUUGUGUCACAAUCCCCAAACGAGAAUAUGAACAUCCCGCUUCUUCUUCACCUAUAACCAUUGUCCAAAUUACAGAAUAGUCUUGUCUUGUGUAGGUUUGCUUAUACAUGCAUAUUAAGGAAGAACAAUCUCCAAUUAUUUAAUUAAGUAAAAUUUAGUUAAAAAAAUUAAUUGUUUAUAAAAUUGUAUCUUUCAUCAAGGGUUCUUUUUAUAGUGUAUUGGUUAAGUGGAAUUGUUCUUGUGAUCACCAAGGUUUAAUUUUCCGUUGGGUCAUUGUGAUCACAGGGUUGUGCCUUCAUUGAUCCAAUGCGUUAGCGGAUUUGAGCCUCAACUUUGUUAAACGGGAUGAGGUCCCCUGUUUGUGACCUCACCGGUUCAUAGCUCGGGCAUGUCAUACCAGCGUCAUCAAUCACGUUAAAAAGUUAACCUGACACUUUCAAAAAUAAAAUAAAAAUAAAAAUUGUAUCUUUCAUUC